AUGUUCUUGUUUGUCGCUGAAUUGGCCCUAUUGGGGAUCCUGUCGAUUUCGCUUGUUUACUACACCGUACUUCUUCCUCCAAAAUAUCCAAUCAACAUUCCGGCAGUGCCGUUCUGGGUCGCUCUCAUCCCCUUUUUCAAAGAUGUCGACCAAUCGGACAUUUUUCGCCAAUACAUCGAACGGCCCCUCCUGACUCAUGGUGCUGUGAAGCUCUUCUUCGGGGCGCAGUGGAAUAUCUUGGUUCACCGGCCGUCGUAUCUGGCCGAAAUGUUCAAGGAUGAAGACUUGUACCAAAAGAGCGGGAACCAGAAAAAGAUUCCCCAUAGCGUGCUCGCCCAGUUCCUUGGGGACAACAUCAUCUCUAGUUACGGCGACGUGUGGAGGGGCUAUCAAUCCGUGGUCAAGCCCGGGCUACAAAGAAGCUUCGAAGCGGACAAAAUUGCGCGGAACGCAAAUCGCCUCUGCGGACUGCUGCAGGAGACGCAGUCCCAGGCUGGUGAGCGAGGGAUUCCGGUGCAAGAACUUUUGCAGCGAUAUUCAGUCGCCAACUGUUCCGAAAUCGUUCUGCAGGCAAACCUCGAUGCACUGAGCUCAGCAAAUGCCCCGAUCAACCUUCUUCAAAGUGCUGUCAAACGGGAGAUCUUUAAGCCCAUAUUCAUGAAUUUUCCGUUUCUUGAUCGCCUCCCGUUUCCGAGCCGCACUAGGGCACGCGAAAUAGUCAACAAUUUCAAGAAUGAGCUCCGCAGUGCGCUCGUGCGGACUCAGAAAGGGGACUCAACCCGAUUGUCCUCGGGGCCGAGUCCUGACGGCCUCGGGACCAGAAUGCUCAAGGCCCGUGAGUCUGGUACGUGGACAGAGAAACAACUGCUGGAUAACCUGACGGUUGCCUUCGUGGCCGGCCAGGAGAACCCCCAACUUUGCAUGAUUUCAACGUUGUACCUCUUGGCCAAGCAUCCGAAUAUUCAAACGCGGCUUCUUGCUGAAAUCCAGCAGAGCAAGGGCGUGGGUCAUGCUGAGCCUGAUCCAGACACCCUCCAAGAUAUGCCCUUCUUGACAGCGGUCAUUUACGAGAGUCUGCGCCUCUUCCCACCCAUCGGCCAACUCGUGAACCGCAGGGCGAGCAAGGAUGCACUUCUUGGCGGUGACGUUGUCAUCCCAAAAGGCACUUACUUGGGCUACAAUUGUUAUUCGACCAACAGGGACCCCGGCAUUUGGGGGCCAACGGCGCAUAAUUUUGACCCGGCACGAUGGGGCGACUCCUCACUGGCUAUCCAAAAACAAUAUCGUCAGCGGCGAGCGAAGGCUGAGUUCAUCAGUUUCCACGGUGGGCGCCGUGCAUGUCUAGGGGAGAAAUUUGCUGUGUUACAGAUGCGCAUCACGCUUGUUGCCCUCAUACGGGAAUUUAGCUGGACUCUAGACCCGACAUGGGUGGACAGGAAGACACCGGUAAGACCCCAUACGCCAUAUCCGCCUUUCCCGCAACUGUUCGCGAUCUUCUUGGCGGAUUAUCGGCCACUACUUUCACCCCCGGGUCCGGGUUAUCCUACCUUCAAUCCUCGGUCGUUGGCGCAAUCAGAAACCCCGGCGCGCCUGUGCAGACGCAGGCCGCUCCAGUCAGCGGCUCUCUGCCAUCCAUCCAAGCCGCUGUUGGUGUCUGCUCAGGUUCUGCCUUUUUCCAACGAAGGGCAAUCUUUCUACCAUCGUUUCCAGGGCUCAUUCCUUCAGGACGUCAAGGGCAGACUGAUACACUGUACCGGCCCUAGAGAGGAAUGGGUCCGUGAGAACUGGACCUUGCUUCAAUCCCAGCCCGAACCACUUGGAGACUCAGACCUCAAGGUUUACCGUCAUGCCUCCCAGCACAACAGCAACGCGGUCAUGGUCAACAGCCGGGUUCCCCAGGCAGAAGAGGCGCCUUUCGAACAAUUCUUUGUGCAGUUAAUCCUCGAUCAAGCGGACCUCUGUGCACGAGCCCAGCCCAGUCCAACUCCCGAGACCGAACAAAUCACCGACAAACUGGUGGACCUCUUUGACACCUAUCUCAGGUAUCAAGGAAGGGACGACAAGUGGGCUCUGGGAGGACGGAGGUACUUUACCGAACGCAUACGCCACUUUACUGCUCAAAAUGUUUCGAUCGAGCUUUGCCUGCCGGCCUUCCCGUGCAAGUCUUCCAACGGGGAUAAGGUUACUGGCCCAGAUCCGGACCGAGGAGAGGAGCUCGCGCUCGAGCGUUUGCACGGAUUUGUCAAAGCCGUCGAGAAACUCUACCAGCCUGGUGCGAAGCUUUGGGUCAUCAGCGAUGGUCACGUCUUCAGCGACUGCAUUGGCGUGAACGACGCCGAUGUGGACGCAUAUGGCGAGAAGCUCAAGGCCAUGAAUCACACCAUUGGCCUUCGCCGGGGAAAUGUCGGCCGCAUCGGCUUCAAAUCGCUUGUUGACCUCUUCCAGCUCGCUACCGUGGGGUCACAACAAGGGGGGCUCUCGACUUUGGCGCAGCAGCUCAACAUCCCGACCAUCGACCACCACGUCAACACCAGGGUGACAGAAGAGGCGGAGAUGUGCCGACGGAUAUUGAUGGCAGGAUGCGGCCCACAAAAGUCAGCAGUGCGGGCCCGGAUCGACUCCAAGGAUCCGGCCAUCACGGCUCUCUACCGUGGGUUUUCGCGAUUUAUGCUAGAGGAUUUGGAGCAUCAUCCGCAUACCCGGGGCAUGAGCAAGUCACAGCAGAAGAAACUGUCAGCCAAGGUUGCGUUUGAGAUGAUUCUGAUGCUCUUCCCCAAUCAUGUUCGGCUUUCAAUCCAUGCACACAACAACGCUGGCCCCAAAUUUGGCAUCCAGCUUUUUGACCCCUCCAAGGUUCGGGCUGUCGAAGGCUUGUCGGCUGACGGCGAGCUCAUGACCUCGCUCGACCUUCUACACAUUCCCACUCCGUGGCACAAUUCGGUCGUGCAGCUCAACGGCAGUGACCUUAUUCUUGUCACCAAGGCCAAGCUCGCGAGGGCCGCACUCAAGGCUGGUCGUGUAACGGGCGGAGUGGUUGAAGUCGAGCAGGGCCGGGCGCACUUCCAGUUGAAGCAUCUUGCACAGCCGGAGGAGCCAGAGAAGAAGCAGGCGCUGUCUGCCCCCCCUGUUAUUGUUAUCCCCACAUCCGUCAGGCCGAUGGAUUCGGAAACACAACCAAGGACCCCUGUGGUCAUUACCGUCACCACCACACCAAAUGUGCUCACAGGGAAGAAGGCAACGGGGACCAACGUCGUUAUUACGCCGAUCAAACUGCAAAAACCAGCUACCUUUGCCGAAAAAGCAGAUGCAGUGGUUGCUGCCAUGGUUCGGCGCAAUUCGGGCAACACAGCAACCCCGGGCGAGCAGACGUACCCUACCAAGCACAGGUUUUGGUUGCGACCACUACGCUGGAUCUUGUCCCUGCUUUGGCCAAGAGGGGUAUAG